UUCCCCGACUUGACCUAUUCCAAUUCCCAUUUUGUGUCGCAUUCUCACAUCAACGUCGAUAAGCGACUGAGUUCGAUACCUUCUAGCAAUGACAGAAGGAAUUUGGGAGAAGCUGUCCCAGGUCGCUGUCCUGGGUGCUAAAUAUGACUCCCCUGAACGCCAGCCCCAUCCGAAAUGUUUGAAAGGGACCCGAGUGGACCUUCUCACAUUCAUCUGCGGAUUGUUGGACAAGCGAGAGAAGAGUCAGAUCAUUUGGCUGCAUGGCACGGCGGGCGUCGGAAAGUCUGCCGUGGCGUUCACUGUGGCCGAGAGAAUGAAAGGUUUGAAGGUGAUAGAGGAGACGAAUAUUGAAACAAGGCUCGCGGGAACAUUCUUUUUCUCGCGCAAGCACACGAAACGCAGCACGACCGGUCAUUUCUUUGCGACCCUUGCUUACCAGCUUGCGAGCAAUUUUCCCAGCGUUGAGAAGGACGUGAACGAAGCUAUCCGCAAGACUCCUGCGGUUCUAGACUCCAGCGAGUCUCUUCGCGACCAAAUGAUGGCGUUAUUUCGUCGACCUCUCUGGCACCUGCAAUUCAGGCUGCGCGAGUGUCCGCCUCCGGUGUUUGUUGUUGAUGCCCUCGAUGAA